AUGCCGCACCCAACCCCCAAGCUCACCCGCACCUGCACCAUCCUCGCCCUCCUCGCCCUCCUCUCGCCCCUCCCCGCCCUCGCGAGGACAGACCUCGCCGGCUGCGCCUCCUUCACCAGCAUGGUGACGGUCGACCCCACGGCCCACGGCUACGGCAACGUCUACCCCUCCGUCGUGUACUACGUCCCCGACACCCUCGAGAUCUGCGCCGCCCCGGACUGCGGCGGCGGCCGCGCGCCCCCCAAGACCGGCGUGCCGGGGUGCCCGCUGUACUCGGGCACCGCGGCGCCGGGGACCAGCUUCCUCGCGGCCGACCCGCUGGCCCCGGCGCCGACCCUGGGCGCUGCUGAGGCCCAGGCCCCUUCGCAUGCAGACGGGGUCAGCCCUGGGACUGUGACUGCUGCUGCUGCUGCUGAGACGACGGGUGGCGUCCACGCUGCCGGCGCUACGGGGUCGGGGGAGGAGGAGGAGGCGCAUGUGGCGGUGCCCGAGGUGUCCGAGUCUGAGUCCGAGGCCGAGGCUGGCUCGAGCACGGUCACGGUGCGUGUGGCGACGGUCACGUCUACCCUGGGGCCGGUGAGCGUCAGCCCUGUUGGGACCCCCGCCGGGCCAGGACUCGGAGGAGUCCCGCAUACAAAUGGGACGGGGUCGACGGGUGUGAAGGGGAACGGGACUGGGGGUGUGGCUGGGAAUGGAACGGGGCCGCCUGGCAAGCCGCUUGAUACUACUGCGUCUGGGAAUGUGUUGGGGGUUACCAUGGCUGGGCUGUCUUUGGCCCUCGCUGCGGCUGCUUUUGUUUUGUGA